AUGCAAAACGCGGCAGGCCCCCCCCGCCCCCCUGGGCCUGCGGCUCCAGCCGGUCCCAGGCCGGAAUCCUACUCCACCCCCCCGACUGGGGCUUCUGGCCCUGUUCCCGCCGCCCCUGCCACGGCGCAGCAGUCCACAUCGCCGUCCCUCCCAAAAGACCCGACUUCCGCCGCCCUAACCGCCGCCGCCUUUCGCCUGGCCAUCAAUGCCUCGGUGACGGUCUUCUUCGAGUCGCGAUCGCUGGGCAUCCUGCCGCCGAGCAUCCUGCAAAAUCUGAUCCCUCGGGUUGUCGCGCGGAUUCUCAAAUGCGAGCUGAUCCACAGCAUGCGCGUGGUGAUCAUCUCCUCGGCGGCGGUCGCCGCCUCGAUGGUGGGGAUGGACCUGCUGAUGGGCCCGCGCAACCAGGCCUUUCGCUUGACCUCCAUCACAGCGGCGGUCGUCCUGACCACCGACUGCAUGUGCGACUUUCUGGCCGUCUCCCCCGAGCACAGGGCCACGGUCCUUGGCUUGGCAUCGCAGCUCGCCACCAGCUUCUACCACCAGGCAACUCUCAGCUUCAUGUCUGUGGCAUGCAGCAAUCCAUACAGAGUUCUGCAGGCUCUGAUGGCGGCCGCUGGCCUUGCCGUGUCUUCGAGCCUUUGCCACGGCAUUGAGGGGGAAUUUUUGACACUCCGUCAUUUCGUGCUCCUCACCACGGCCGCCGCCUCUUCCAUACUUGUCAACUAUCAUCGAAAGAUCACGCAUGUGUCGCCGGCGCUGGGUCCCUGUGUCCCUUCCUCGAUCUCCGGGCCUUCCUCCGCCACGCCCAACGCCUCGACCAUGGCGCCCAAUGCACACUCCUCGACACACUCGGGUGGCACCAGCGAUGCCGCAUCGCAGCCGGCCUGGCCCCGCAGCACCAGCAGCCCCGAUGGCGCCAGCGCCAGCACGUCCUGCAGCGCCGGCAGCGCCAGCGGCGCCGAUGAACCAGGCAGCCCCAGCGGCGCCGAUGAACCAGGCAGCCCCAGCGGCACCAGCAUCCUCCGCGGCACCAGCAUCCUCCGCGGCACCAGCAUCCUCCGCGGCACCAACAUCCUCUGCGGCAACCACGGCCCCAGCAAGUGCCACGGCCCCAGCAAUGUCAGCCGCGCCCCCGGCACCGGCUCCCCCCAUUGCGCCUGUUACCCAAAGCCCAUCGACCACACCAGUCACGUCGGUCGCAUCGGGUUCGUCGGUAUCAUCUCCCGCGAGGAAGCCAGUGCCCACGCCGGCGGGCUCCAACCCACCCCCGGCCGUACGGUCGUCGUCUGUGGCAUCCUCCGACCCGGCAACCGUUGCCGACUCCAUGCCCUUCAUCUCCCGGGCCCCUGCCUCCGGGGCCACAUUGUCAGCGGUGGCUUCGAACCCAAAUCCCCCCUCGAAGCCCGGUGGGUUGCCAUUCGUGACCCCAGCUUCUGCCUCGACAUCGGCCGAUGCUCGUCCUUCUUCACCUUUCAUCUCUUCUGUCCCUCCCCGGCAGGCGGGAGUCUCAGCAACGACAGCGGCAGCGGCACCGGCAUCCGUGAUGACACCGGCAUUGUCUGCUGCAUCGGCAUCGACAUCGUCAUCGGCUGCUGCAUCGGCAUCGACAUCGUCAUCGGCUGCGGGAUCAUCAUCGACAUCAUCAUCGUCAUCGUCAUCGGCUGCGGGAUCAUCAUCGUCAUCGUCAUCGGCUGCGGGAUCAUCAUCGUCAUCGUCAUCGGCUGCGGGAUCAUCAUCGUCAUCGUCAUCGGCUGCGGCUACGGCAACGGUCAGGGCGGCGCCCGUCUGCAACGUGGCCGCCUUUGGAGCCCCUACUACCCCAGCAGCUGCCCGUGA